AUGUCGCAAUCUCAACAUGGUGAUUUUGCCAGCAGCGCCUCAAGCACGUCCUUCAAAAAAGUAAAGCACCAAGGAUUAAAUAUUGAUAUCUCUAUUCAUCGCCCAAAACUUCUCAUCCAAUUAGAAAAGGAAGGAAUAAGAACAGCCGAAGAUCAAGCUGCACGAAUUGUCGAGAGACUUGCUAGUCCUGAACAUCUAUACGCUCUCAAAUUUUUACUUGAAAAUCCGAUCGGAUACAUCACUUCAAAAGAUGUCCUUAUUGAUGCCUUGCUUGCCUUGACGACUCCAGAGAAACCAAAAUACUUUUUUAAGGCAGCAGGGAUAUCUUUUGGUAGUGAAGAUGUGCAAGGUGUUUGGGAACACAUGAGGAAAGCAUGCACAUUCAAAUAUCCAAUUGGUGCUUGGUACAUUGAUUGGCGACUCGUGCUCUUUAUUCAACAUACCUUAGACGACUGGUGCAAGCCCGAGUUAAGUGUAGUUACAAAGAAAUAUGCCGAACGAAUUUUACUCGAACACCUUUGGUUCCAUGCUCAGAAUGAGUGUGCGGAAAAUGCUAAAGUCAGCUCAACACAAAAUAAGUUUGAAGAGAUUUCAAGAAAGGUUUUGAAGUCAAUGGAAAGUACGACGCGUUUUUUAACGGAGCUAUUAGAAAUUGAACCGAUAACAUCUCCCGGUACUUUGUUGUUCGGUGUACUUGAUCUAGUACAAAAUUUAGUAGACAAAACCAAUGAAUCAUCAACUAUUGCAAUUGGUUAUUUUUUGGCUGUUCGAUCUCUUGAUACUGCCCAAACAAGUUUCAUUCGGUUCAAAGCAAUCGAGGUGUUACUCCACAUUCAAUGCGCUUGCCCCGAAAUGUUUUUCGAUAUUGAACAGCAAUUCGACGAUUAUAUUGACAAAAAUGACCAAGAUAAAUCCUCGACUUCUUUAACAAGGCUGAGAAAUUUAUUUGAAUACACGAGAGCAAAAGUUCAAUAUGAUUACGAAAUUUUACACAGCCUUAUUCACAAUAAUCCAGCGGAAAUUCAGCUAGACAAUGUAACAGAAGUUAACGUUCAGACUAAAGGAAAGGCUCCCAUUGAGAACAAGGAAGCUAUUUCGGAAAUAAACCAUUCCGAAAUCCUCGGUUUAGUUAGUCAAGGAAUGACAUGCAGUGUCGAACAUGAACCAUCAAGUGACUUGUGGUUCCUAGAAUGUGGUCAUACCAUUACUCGUAUUAAUCUUCCAAAACUUCGAAAAAUGAUGUGCCCUGUUUGUCGCGAUCCAAUUAAAGAAGAAAAAUGUCUUUUUUUACCCCAACAUAAUAUAUACAAUGCCAUUUAUUCACGAUUUAUUCAGGCGGAAACUAUUGAUCUUACACCAGAUGUUUCUGAAACUCGAAAUAAGGAGGAUUCUUCAGACGAUGAUAUUGUGACUUUGAAAAAGGAAAACGCCAAAAAAGCUUUUUCCAAGAACAAGAAGAAUGGUAUGAGUGUAUAUAAGCUCGUCGAUAUCGUGACUUUGAAAAAGAAAACCAAAAAAGCUUUUUCACAAUUACAAAACGAACGUGGCUCUGCUUCCGGGGGAACGGAAACUGCGUUCCUCCGGACCGAGUCUGCGACAUCCCCACCCAAGAUGAUCGGACUGGAGUUAUAUAAGAUCGUCGUUCUUGGAGUUAAGGAUAGCGGCAAGAAUUACUCAUUAGUCUUAUUCUAUCGGAAAACAGACUGCACUUAUAAGGCAGUUUUGGCUAAAUCGCUUUGUCGGUGGGUAUAUUUGAUACUUUCUGCUCUUCAACAAUACUCAAAGAUAUUGACGUCGGUUUCACAUUCAUCUGAUUACAUUUCAACAGAGUGUGACUGCGUAGAGACGUUUCGUAUCAAGUCACAUCGAGUUGUAAUCGAUGAUCAACCUUGCAUAUUAGAAAUAUUAGGUAUUGCUGUGGAAGCUGAAUAUCCCAAUUUAUGUGACAAAUUGAUCAGAGACGGCGAUGGCUUUCUCCUUGUAUAUUCUAUAACCAGUCGCAUAACUUUUGAGCAGAUAGGCCAAUUUAUGCAUCAGAUUACUCGUGUCAAAGAGGACAACCUUAGUAUUAUGCUCGUUGGUAACAACUGUACUAAAAUCACUGAACGGGAGGUCUCGAGAGAAGAAGGAAUGAAUCUAGCGAGAUUCUGUAAUUGUGGAUUUAUCGAAUCUUGUCCUGGAACAGGUGUCAACGUGGAAAGGGCCUUCUACAAUGUAGCACGAAUGAUACGAGCAAGCAGGAGUAUGAGGUAUUGA